AGCCUUUUGUUUGUUUAUUCAUAGGUUAUUGGAUUGAUACUUGGACUAAUCUACUUAAACCAAAGCAUCAAUCAACGAGGAGUGAUGAAUAUUAAUGGUCUUCUCUUCAUUCUGGUGGUAAACACUUCGUUUUCGAGUCAGUUCAUGGUUGUCAAUGUAUUUCCUCUGGAGAUGGCUGUGAUUCUAAGAGACUUCAAUAGCAAGCUAUAUUCUGUAGAAAUAUAUUAUCUUUGCAAAACAUUGGCUGAUCUACCGCUGCAGAUUAUCUUCCCAGUCAUACUAAAUGCCAUCGUAUACUGGAUGGUGGGUAAGUACUCUUACACCAUCCCUAGCGCUACCCCGUCCCUACCAUAAUCCUCUUCUCGACAGCCCCGCUGGACCCUUAU